AUGCGGACGUCCCUCGCCUUCUAUGCGAAUCAGAUGAGUAAGGUUAUGGUGGGUUCUAAAAUUUCUCCUAAAUCGAUUAGCGUUUCGGCGCGUUCACCUUCUAAACCCUGUAAGAAUCUUUUGAAUUCUGUGUUGCAACGUCGUGAAAAGAUUGCACUCCAAGAAUUCUAUAAGAUUAUUGAAGCUUCUCGGAAGCGUAAGGAGGCUAUUAUUAAGAGAGCUAUUUCUGCUGCAUUAAAGGCCUCUCAAGCUAAACGUCAAACUGCUCAACAGAAAACCUAUGAAUUGAAUAAAGCCAAUGCUCAAGCUGAACUGGAGCGAAUUAAAAAGGAAAAGUUAUCACUUCAAUUACCUGUUACAUUGACUGUUCUUUCUCCACAACAACUACCUAAUCGUAAAGAUUUGGAUAUCCAAAGUUCUCUUUGUCAGCGAAAGCAGGAAGAGCAGGCGACAGUCAACUUCCAGAAACUACUUGAGGAGAUGUCUCUGAAGCGAAAAGCUCAGAUUGAGAACAUUCUGAGCGAGUUCUCGAAGAAGAUUAGCAAUCAACCCAACCAUGCGUCUACCGAAACCACGGUGGGGGGAAGAAUGCUUGGUCAAUCAUCAAAGCCUGAUCAACUGGAAGAGACGAAAGCAGCUAAGCAGGAAAAACUCAAUAAAAUGGAAGACUCCGGCAAAGCCUCUGCUGAAUCUCCACAGAACGGGCUUAAUGUAGAAGAGGGUAUAGUCUCAAAAACAUCAAAAAGCCCCCUACAACGUGGUAUCAAACUGAUGAGCGAGCCAAAUCGUUUGAAAAAAACGGGCAGUAAUACGAAGAGAGAACGCGGCAGUACUCCUCAUCAUGCGUCGCCUCCGAAACCUCUAGAGAUCAAUGCCAAAGACAACCACAGCGAUCGCGAGCGGGCUAACUAUUUUAAUCUGCUAAAGCAGCAAGUGAGCGAGCGGCUGAGUAAUGCUACACCAGGAGGUGCUGCUGUAAGCAAUCCGGAACCCUCUCCAUUGGGGUUUCCUGGAAACCCAAGUGGACUCUUUCGUCUUUAG